GAUGUAUUGUGAGGUCGAGCGUGACGUCGGAGUGGAGGUGGUCGGAGGCCCACAUCAGUGUCUGGUCGCCCUCUGGCAGUCACGACCAUACCAUCCUCACUAUCCAAAUCAACCUGGGUGAUGGCUACCCAGAGAAUUAUGACACCAUUACUUUCACUACAAACAACAUUAGUUUCACUCGCAUCAGUGCCCAUAUAUAUAAAGAAUCUACAACACGCGCCCUGCCUGCAGCUGUGAGGCCCGGGUGGCAGGAGUUGAUCUUCAGAGUGACGACGCAGUAUGAAGUAGUCUCCCCCGCCAUCAACACCACAUUCAACAACACCAGAUCUCAACACUUGCCCAUCAGGAACAUUAAGUUUACCGGCAGCAACCUCACACUCGACUGUCAUGAAAAGGUGCGGGUGUGGAGGGUGGACGGGAAGCCGGUGGUGGUGCCUCUGGACAGCUCUCUACACUACUGGAUCACCACCUACGCGAAGACAGAGUCGUCCCCAAGAUUAACGCUGGGAGAGAGGACCAUUAAUCUGGGUUGGAACCACAAUAGCCUGACCACACUGGGACGCAACACGGCUCCUCUUCCUCCCUUCACUCAACAUGUCUUCACUUUGUCGUGUGGAACUGACCGCGUCAUCUACUGUGACAUCAUGGUAACUAGAUGGAAUUUUUGGUUUAAAAUUAAUUUACGGAACGAGUGCAUUAAAAUGGUUGAUAUAUUGUAAUCACAGAAUUAUGGAUGAGUGUUGAUUUCAGGAAUCUAUCGCAACAAUAUAAUGUUACCUUCACCCAAGCCGGUAAAGAGCCGGUCGGCCGAGCGGACAACACGCUGGACUUGUGAUCCUGUGGUCCUGGGUUCGAUCCCAG